CUCGCUUCCCCGUGGUGCCUCGCGCGGGGCGGGCACUGACGUGGCCGCAUCGCGCCGCCAUCUUGUGCUCCAGGGCGGAUCGCGGCCGGGGCGAGCGGGCUCCGAGCGGGACCCUCCGAGCGCAGCCAGACCCACGGCCCGCGGCUCCCGACGACGCCGACUUUACUGGCCAGUGAGAACAUAUCUCAACCAUGGGAAAUAUUUUUGCUAACCUCUUCAAAGGCCUUUUUGGCAAAAAAGAAAUGCGUAUUCUAAUGGUUGGCCUGGAUGCUGCAGGAAAGACAACUAUUUUGUACAAACUUAAACUUGGUGAAAUAGUAACUACUAUCCCUACUAUAGGUUUCAAUGUGGAAACAGUAGAAUACAAGAACAUCAGCUUCACAGUGUGGGACGUGGGCGGUCAGGACAAGAUCAGACCGCUCUGGCGCCACUACUUCCAGAACACACAAGGUCUGAUUUUUGUGGUUGACAGCAAUGACAGAGAACGUGUGAAUGAGGCCAGAGAAGAGCUUAUGAGAAUGUUGGCAGAAGAUGAGCUCAGAGAUGCUGUUUUAUUAGUGUUUGCUAACAAACAGGACCUGCCGAACGCCAUGAAUGCAGCAGAAAUCACAGACAAACUUGGACUGCAUUCUCUUCGUCACAGGAACUGGUACAUCCAGGCAACCUGUGCCACUAGUGGAGACGGUCUCUAUGAAGGACUGGACUGGUUGUCCAAUCAGCUCCGAAACCAGAAAUGAAACCAUAAACCUUCCUCUUCCCUCUUUUUCCACCCCUCCCUCUUAUUUCCUCCUAUUCGCCCUUCGCUUUACUCUAAUGUGGCAAACUGUGCUACUUUGUGGUAUUGAGUGCCGGAAGCUGUUUUCAUUUCUUUUUGUCACAGUAUAUAUUGCAUCAUGCUGUAAAUGUGGCAAAUACAAGCCUGAAAACAGUUAGGUUUCUUAUUUAAUGUAAAUAGUUUUUGUUUCCAAUGAGGCAGUUUCUGGUACUCCUAUGCAAUAUUACUCAGCUUUUUUAUUGUAAAGAAUCAAGUCACUGUUUAGUACCUGGAAGGGAAUUAAGUGGGUUAAUAACGUAAGGGUUGCCAGUAGUCCUUGUGCAGUAGAGCUGGAUUCGAUCUUGGUUGGGUUGUGAGAUCUGUGAGAUCCAUUUUGGUGGUUGGUUUUUAACCUGAAUUCUGUAUUUUUUUAAAUAGACAAGGAAAAGUAAAAACACUUAAAACACACAAACGUUUGACAUCGCUUCUGCUGCUCCAGCUCUAAUGUGGUGACUCUUGAUUCUUUUGAAAGGGUGAAGCAAUGACUGACACCCAAUUAGCUUCAUCUGCUUAAUGAACAGAUCAUAAGUAGUAGAUCUCUGGCUCUUUGUGUAGCUCGUAGUCUGUGCUCAUCUUCGUUCACAACCGUUCAAAAGAUUUCCCGGGCCUGGUUUAGAUGAGCUUUGCAGACUCAUGCUAAACAUCUGACUUUUGGUUCAGGUGAGAUUUCUUGUUUCCAUUGAACUUGAAUCAUUUUCAGAAGUCAACAUUUUUAGCCUGUCAUAUUUGUCAAAAAGUGUUUUGUACUUUUCUUGUGCAUAAACCACUCCAGAAGGCAAAACCUUUCCACAGGAAGCACAGCCUGUCCUAGUCCUAAGCUCUAUAGGCAGAAAGUACUGUACUUAACGUAAGAAUUGCCAUGAAAAACACCAAACAUCUAUGUAUAGUGUCUAGGGAAAAAAAACAAAAAGCAUGAGAGUUUGGAGAGUCAUUCCACUCUACAAGUAUUCAAUCCCAUUUUGGAACAAUCCCAUAUCUGUAUAUGUGUGAAAACCCUUGGCAUCCCUCAUACUGCAAGGUUCAGAUUUGCCAUCAGAAAAAUAAAAAAAAGACCUCUUUACUUUUCUUUUGUAUUUUGAUAAACACUGAAGAAGCUGGAGCUGUUAAACUUUAACUCGAGGAACUAUCAGAACUGGUUUAUUUAGUGUUGUGGAAACCUUUAUUGCUUUCAAUACACAACUAGUAAUCAACUGUUUUGUAUACUUGUUUUCAGUUUUCAUUUCGACAAACAAGCACUGUAAUUAAAGCUAUUAGAAUAAAAUCUCUUAACUAUUUCAUGUUUUUUAUGCCUUGCUGUUCAUUCGAUCAUCUUGGCAGAAUCAUAAUUAAAUACUUGUUGAAUAAAAAGUUUCAUGAAACUUG